AUGGUCAUAUUAUGGUUCACAACCUUGCUUGCAAGUUAUCUUCCACCAAAACUCAGUUCGGUAGAAGGUGAAAUAUUUUGUGUAUCUAAAAUCGAAAAAAUUGACCCAGAAUCUGAUGCAAGAUCUGAUGCGAGAGAAUUAUGUAACACAUAUUUUAUUAGUAUGAGUUUGGGAUUGAUUCUUUUCUCAACUUUCAUUUUAUCUACUAUAUUUUCAUGGUUGCUUCAUAAAAAUGACGGAAUGCAAAGAAUAAAAUCAUUGGAAUAG